AUGUGGCAGCAUAUUAUUUUGAUUUAACAAAAAACAAGCAAUAUUCUCGAGUUGGGACAGGAGAGGAGGAGGGUUUAGUCCUUUUGUCUUGCUCUUUCAAAGCCCUUUCUCGCAAGCUCCUGCGAUUUUACUAUCCAUUGUCCGAAGAAAACCUCCCAGUGUGAGUGACAAUCUGUGGUGUAUUGUGAAAAAUGACUGUGUCCGGUCUUACUGGUAGCCCUUCAAGAUGUUGUGUCCGGAUACCUGUAAGCAGUUCCGGGUCGUUAUGCGGGCAAGUUCCGGAUUUUCCUUGUAUUGGGAAACCUGCAGAAAAGAUCAAGGUACUUCGUCUUGGAAGAAAUUAUUUGAUUGGUUCUACGCAAAGGUGGAAUACAAGAAAAUUUCAACCGAUCAAAUGUGCAAUGGAUGCUUCUUAUGGUGAUAUGACAAAUGAACCAACUGUUAUCUUUCCUAGGAUUAAUGUGAGGGACCCAUACAAACGACUUGGUAUAAGUAGGGAGGCUUCGGAAGAUGAAAUUCAAGCUGCAAGGAACUUUCUUAUUCGACAGUAUGAGGGGCACAAACCUAGUGUAGAUGCAAUUGAAUCAGCUCAUGAUAAGAUAAUCAUGCAGAAAUUUUAUGAGAGAAAGAACCCAAAAAUCGAUAUUAAGAAAAAGGUCAGGGAAGUCAGUCAGUCUCGUGUUAUGCAGGCUGUGAGGAGUAGAUUUCAAACACCGUCGACGCAGUUCAUCAUAAAAACAUCUAUUGCAUUUAUUGUACUUGGAGCGCUUACCGUUCUCUUUCCAACUGAAGAAGGCCCAACUCUUCAGGUAGCCAUUUCUCUGUUGGCAACGAUUUACUUUGUGUUUGAUCGGCUGAAGAGUAAACUCCGAGCCUUUCUCUACGGUGCCGGAUCAUUCAUCGUCUCAUGGCUCUUGGGAACCUUCCUGAUGGUGUCUGUAAUUCCACCUAUACUUAAAGGACCCAGGAGUUUUGAAGUCACAACUUCAUUGAUGACCUAUUUGCUACUCUGGGUUUCUUCCACCUAUUUGAAGUAGUGUCCUACUUAUUUGUGAACCCCAAUUUUGCUGGACUCAACUACACCGCAAUUCUCGAUGAUUUAGCUUAUGGACAGGUUUCAACUUUCUAGUUACAGCUUCUCAACUUUCUGACAGCAGUUUGUUUGCAAGCCUCCUAGUUUAGAAGAGAGAGAAUUGUGGAAGUCAUCACUUUUGUUUUCCAAAGAAGGGUGUAAAACAAGAUGAAAGAAGGCUCACUAGUUUAAGCCAAUACAUGAAUUUCCUCAUUUCCCCGUUCUGUUUUUUAUUACAUGGAUGGAGUAUGUAAGUACAAUUACAUUUUGUUGGUUAUUAUAUUGUUAUGUUCUUUGCUUGGCA